GAGGCUUGCCGUGAUGCUCAGAUCAUGCCCCCCACUUUCCAGAUUGUGUCCGAUCGCCGAGGCGGCCGAACAGCUUGGUCCAGCCAAGUCACAAUCCGGGGCCAGACUCUCGCAGCACGAUACUGGUACGAUGGCAAGAAUCUCAACAACGCCAAAGAAGAUGCCGCCGAGUGCGCCCUGAACUGGCUGAGCAGGGCGGCUUGGUGA